UUUCCGGCAGUUUUAGAGUUUGUUUCUGUUGUAAAUUAUUAUUUAAUAAUUACAUUAGCUGUUUAUCACGCCUGAGGGUCAGUCAGUGAGCAGAUCACACACACACACACACACACACACACACACAGACCGAGCGGAAGUUUUGAAAGUGAAAGUGUGUGGAUGUAGGCUUCAUUUGCAUGAACUCGGUUAUUUUACAGCUCAGGAUUCAGGCCCUGCAGCGGGACAGUGAGUUAUUUCUACUUCCUGAUCUCUCAGCAGCUGCAGGUUGGCGCAGAGUUGCUGUAUAGUCGCUAGUUUAAGGUGUUUAAGCUGAGCUGAGUCUUGUUUUAAGGAGCAGUUUAGCAGGUCCUGUACUGAGCUGUGGUUUCUCAGUAUCUUGAGGACUUGUGUGAGUGUGAGUACAGCUGGAGCAUGGAAGCCAACGUCUCAUUAGAAAGCCAGUUCAUCUUUGAACACCAGCUCCUGAAGGAGUACUGCGGUAGAAGAAAGCCAUGGGGGAAACCAAGGGGGAAACCAAGGGUAGCCCCUAUGUGUGCUGCAACCCAGCAGGGAGUGAUGAGAAAACUCAAAAGCAGCAACGAAAGAUGUCUUCUCGAAACUGACAGUUCUGAUGACACACAUGAUGUUAGGGGUGUGGCUGAUAACCUGGUCCAGAUUGUGGACAGCACACCUCUUGUUCAGGAUCAGCUUGUAGCACAAAGUGGUGUUGAUGUCAUCCAGAGGCUGGUUGAAUUAUUGAAAGAAUCUGGUGAUGAGUUGAAUGAAAAGAUUCAAAAGGACCGUGUGCUUUUAGGCUAUCUCCAGAGCUCUUUCUCUUACACUGUGUUUGAGAAACUGGCCUCGGCCUUUAUCGGCAGUCCAAUGCCCUCACAAAGUCAGAAUCAAAAUGCUGAUGAGCAGAAGAAACAGAUUGCCUGGACCUUUGAGAUGACUAGCAGGCUGACAGCUCUGGACCUGCAGCCUAUGAACAGAGCCAUGGGUUUCGGAGCCCAGUACCUGCACCAGAAUUUUGCACAGUGGAUUCAACAGAAUGGUGGCUGGGAAAAAGUGUUUAAAAGAGAUGAGAGUGACGAGUGAAAAGGAAUACUACAAGAUAUUGUGUUGCAGUAUGGCUACCUCCUGAGUGCUCAUCAAAGAGUUCCCUUGCUGUAGCAGCACUCAUCAAACACAGGGAUGCAUUUUUCUAUUUGUGAUGUAUUUCUGUACAACUGAAGCAACAAUGCAGGACUGACCUGUUAUUGUCCUGCACAUUUUCAAGUCUUAAUGAAUGGCAUCUAAUGAAACAGUGACCAAUCAGUCUAAUGCUUAUGUUUGUAAGUUUAACAAUUCUAACUAUUUCUUGUUGCAUAUGUAUUUGUGUAUGUGAGUGUGUUUUAUGUGCUAGGUUUAUCACAGGCUUUGUCACAACAAACUGGGCAACUUAACACUUAAAACAUUUAAAAUAAUAUAAAUAAUAAAAUAAUAUUUUAUUGACCAAGAAUAUGAUACAUAUAUCUUCUUAACCACAAAUAAAGCAAGCACCACAAUGUAAUACCCAAACAUGUGAACUGUAGCAUUCACUCAGUUGCUUAGUAAUUCAAUUUAAUCAAUUCACAUUUGACACUGAUUUUAAAUUCAUGAGUAAUUUAUGCAGUAUAUACUUGCACAGCAAUGAUCACCUUAGCCUGUGUUCUGCAGCUUAAAAUGAAAAAAAAAAAAUAAACACACAUUCAAUUCUGAUUAUCCUAUAAUUAGCAUAUAUCAGGGUCACAAACAGACACAAGGAACUGAGACAAUUAUUAGGCCAUUUAUGAUCAAGUGAUCUGAAUAGUGUAUAUGUUGUUUGUGGAUCCCCAGAUCAACAAUAUGUAGCAAUCCAUUUCAAUGCAAUAAAAAUGUGAAAUCAA